AUGGCAUCCAACACCCAGGAUUUGAACAAUGCGGUGGCAUUCAUCAUGCCUGUGACAGACCAGGAGAAGGCAGCCACUUCGAGAGGUAGCCCUGACUUAUUCGAGGAGGAGGAAGAAGUCAGGGUUGUGAAGAAGGUCUGUCAACGACCUGCAGCGAGGCUUGGUCUUAUUGAAAAGUACCGAAUUACUUGCAAUAAGACUAAUCCUUAUGCAGGUAGUUGGCCGACCGCUCGUAAGAGCUUAAUACCCUCCACGUCGCCCGCAGCAGCACCAGCAGUGGAAACACCGAGGGUGCCUUCUCCGGAGUGCGUUGUAUUGACCCCGCUUUCACCACUGCCAUCAACACCGGUGAAUCCCCAAGCUUUGGUGCCACAAGUGCGACAGCCUAUUGUAGAGGUGAGGGAAGAGAUGGAGCCUUUCCUACAGAGGUGCAGGGAAGUUGAACUUGCUUCCCGAUCUAGUGUGGCCGAGUUGGCUAGCACUUUUUGCCAACAGUCGGAAAUCGCUAGCCAACGAAGCAAACUAGAAAAACAGAUUGCCGAACUGACAAAAGAUUUGGCCGAACUACAUCGGAAAGAAACAUCUCUGGAGGAAAGGCGAAAAGUGCAGCAUGUUACCGGCAGCGAUAAAGGGCACCCAUCGGAUGGAAAAUAUCCGGAUCCUGACGGAUGGUGGGAUCCCGAUUGGGAUGACCCACUACCCGGAGGCACAGAUGAUGACGAUGACAGUGAUGACGAUGAUGACGCUGACGAUGAGUCUGAGGAAUUCGAGGAUAAACCUCAACCAUCCCCAAUCCUCAUCGAAGAUAGCCCUCCACCAUCCCUCACCAGACAUCAAUCCCAGUUCUACAUCAUUCUUCCACAAUGUCGAGUACAGGACCCAUCCAGGUACAUGAAAUAG